AUGGGUGAUCGUCUGGAGAUCACACGAACUACUUGGAACAAGUUCGCGGUGCGAUUUACAGAGACGGCAAACAAGCGCAUGACGUUGCAGUGUGCUCAGCAUUUGCACUCGCACAUGCAACUGGAUUGCGCUCAGAACGUGCUCGAGGUCGCAGCUGGAGCUGGUUUGGGAUCGCUCGAUAUCGCUCAGUACCUGCUUGAGGACUGUUCCAAGCUGCCUCAAGAUUCCAAGCGGACGUUCACGGUCACGGACCUGUCGCCAGUGAUGAUUGACAUGGCUGAAAAGAACUUGAGCGGUGUUUGUUCGGAUAUCGUUGAGAUCACAUGCAGAGAAGCUAACGGUCAAGAUCUGUCGGAUAUCGCUACCGGUUCCAUUGACCGCUACGUUGCCAGUCUCUGUCUGCAGCUCACACCGGACCCUGAUGCGUUACUCCGUGAAGCUAGUCGAGUAUUGACCGCCGACGGGAUGGCGGGGUUCACCAUUUGGGGAUCCCCUGACCGGAGCGGCAACUUUGUCAUUAGCACAGCUGCAAACAAAGAGCUCGGUUUCGAUGAGAAUGUGACGGAGCAUCCGAAUUUUAUCAUGGGCAAGGACAUCCCAGCACUGCGCCAGCGUUUUCUUAAGGCUGGAUUCAAACGCAUUCAAUUGUGGCCGUUCCAGUGUGUGGUGGAGCUUUGGAGUGGCGAGGAGUUUGCGAAGUUCCAAGAGAGAAUGAUGUGCCUCGAGGACAAAGAGCUGCAGACCAAGCGCUUUGCAGUCAUCAAACGUAUGGCUGAUGAGUGGCUCGCCAAGGGCACUCCGAUCGGUUUGGAGACUUAUAUCAUUCUCGCCAGAAAAUAG